AUGAAAUUCAUUCUAUGUUUCAUCCUAUUACACAUAUUGAGUGUUAGUAGUCUCCUACUCCCCCAGGAAUGGUCCGUCGUCAGACCCACCCUUGAGAACCUCCGCGAAACCAAAACCAGAUUAUCCACUAGUUUACAAUCACUUAUUUCCGACCACACUUAUGAAAACUCGUCCAUCCAUGAAACGUUGACAUUCAUUCCCCGUGAGCUAAUGCAUCCUGCCUUGUUUUCCAAUCUAGGACUAUCUUACUUGUUUGAAGGAAAGCAACAAUGGGUGAAUUUGACCAGUGUCGAUCAAGUGGUUGUUCCCAAGGAUUUCCAGUCGUUUUUCAUAUUCAAUUCAAGUGAACCAGUACCUUCUUCCAACUUUAAAGGUCCAGGGUUUCACAAGUUGCUUGGAAGAAGUGUUCCUUUUGCAUUGCCACAUUGGUUAGAAUUGCUGGAUUAUUACAUGGUCGUUCCUAGUUCACACUUGAAUCUAUCAAGUUCACUGGAGUUAGUCACAUUACCCAGAAGUAAAUUACCAAUAUUCAGAGAGCUGGUCACAGGAAACAAGCCAAUGUUGGUAUUCAUGUUCAACCAAACUACUCCACGAUCCAAACACACUCCAAUAAUUACCAUCAAGAACUACUUGACUUCUGAGGGCCGGUUCAAUUCCAUCCUGAGUUUCUUUGACAGGUUUGCUAACCUCUGGUUGACACGGGUGAAUUACGACAACUUAGUGCAUGCGGUGUAUUGCACCCUUACAUCCUCCGAGAGCUACUGUUUGAAGAUCAAAGACGACCAGUCCGUUCACGUGUUCCCUGCCUUGCAUGAUUUUCCUAGACAUUUCCACAGCAAGUUUGGUGACAAGAGGGAGAUAGAGACCCAGGCAAUAAGACAGAUCCAUGAUGUGUUGAGUGUCAAGACUGACAAAUUCAAUGAUAUUAGUUAUGAAUUGGCCCAUUCACCCAAGACUGUAAUUGAGAAGGCCGAUGAGAAGUUGGACAACAAGCUCGAUGGAACAAUCACGAGGAUCCACGAUGUCAAGGAGCUGGUGCUUGAUAAGUUGGACGGCCGCAAGACA